UAUUAAUCUCACCCAUCCAAUAAAACUGGAUUGUAAGAUUUCCCUACAGACAAAGCAGCAAACUCCUAGACGGACUUCAUUACCCCGACCAACAUGGGCAACUUCCAUCCAACCAUUCGGACUCAUCAUGAUUUUGAUGCAGAACGUGAUGCCAAAAAAAUCCACAAGGCCUGUAAAGGACUGGGAACUGAUGAAAAAGCCAUUAUUGAAGUGCUGGCAAAUAGGUCCUCACAACAGCGGCAUGAACUUAAGCAGAAGUACAAGGCAAUGUAUGGAAAGGAAUUAGAAAGCGUGUUGAAGAGUGAAUUGAGUGGAAACUUUGAGAAGACCGUCCUGGCACUGCUGGACCGGCCUUGUGAGUUUGACGCUAGAGAGCUGAGGAAAGCAAUGAAGGGGGCUGGAACAAAGGAGUCGGUGCUGGUUCAAAUCCUCUGUACAAGGGACAACCAGCAAAUACGCAACAUAAAAGCAUCCUACAAGAUGCUGUUUGACAGAGACUUGGAGGACGAUGUAAAAAGUGAUACCAGCGGAUACUUCAAGAAGAUUCUCGUGUCACUGCUGCAGGCAAAUCGCGAUGAAGGUCUAGAAAUUAAUGAAAAACGUGCUGGCGAGGAUGCCCAAAGGUUAUAUGAAGCUGGACAGUCUCGAUGGGGUACCGAAGAAUCAGAGUUUAAUGUUGUCUUGGCAACAAGGAACUACAUGCAGCUUAGAGCCACAUUUAAAGCAUAUGAGAUUCUGCAUGGCAAAAACAUUGAAGACGUGAUCAAAAGUGAAACAUCUGGCAAUCUGAAAUCAGCUUAUCUGACAAUAGUACAAUGCACUAAGGAUUGUCAAGCCUACUUUGCCAAAAAACUUUACAAAGCCAUGAAGGGCGGCGGGACAGAUGAGGACGCACUGAUCCGAAUUCUGGUCACCAGGGCAGAGAUUGAUCUCGAAACCAUCAAGCAAAAAUACUUUGAAUUGUACAAGAAGAACUUAGCGGAUGCUAUUAAAUCAGACACAUCUGGAGAUUUCUGUAGAAUACUAAUAGCUCUGCUGCAUUAAAGAGAACCCAGAAGCUGUCAAAUUUGUUCCUUCAGACUAAGGAGAUGGUACAUGUUCAUGAUAUGUUUUGAUAGAACCCAUGGUACGUGUUAACAAUGUGUAUUGAUAGAACCCUUGGUACGUGUUAACAAUGUGUAUUGAUAGAACCCUUGGUACAUGUUUAUGAUAUGUUUUGAUAGAACCCUUGGUACAUGUUUAUGAUAUGUGUUGAUAGAACCCUUGGUACAUGUUUAUGAUAUGUGUUGAUAGAACCCUUGGUACAUGUUUAUGAUAUGUGUUGAUAGAACCCUUGGUACAUGUUUAUGAUAUGUGUUGAUAGAAUCCAUGGUACAUCUUCAUGAUAUAUGUUGAUAGAACCUAUCUAUGUUCACUACAAACCUUUUACUCAUUGCUAAAACUGGAACAUUUAACUACCAUAUUUUAGAUACAAAUAAAGGUUUUUAACAAA